UGUACUCCGGUUUCCUAAAUCAGUCACACCCCUUCCCGCACGCAUUUUUCAAGCUCCUCCUUCAGCUCCGCCUUAUUCCCGGCCGCCUUUGCGCUGCGCGCCUGCGCCCGCUCCGGCUUCCAGCUGGUGCCGGACCUGAGAGCUGGGGGGGGGGGGGUGCGCGCGCGCCUUCGCCCUGUUGCGCGCGCGGUGUCACCUUGGGCGCGAGCGGGGCCGCGCGCGCACGGGACUCGGAGCCAAGGGCCAUUGAGUGGCGAUGGCGACGACGGCGAGUCCCGGGGCCGGCGGGGUAGACGGGAAGCCCCGUACCUCCCCUAAGUCCGUCAAGUUCCUGUUCGGGGGCCUGGCCGGGAUGGGAGCUACAGUUUUUGUGCAGCCCCUGGACCUGGUGAAGAACCGGAUGCAGCUGAGUGGGGAAGGAGCCAAGACUCGGGAGUACAAAACCAGCUUCCAUGCCCUCACCAGCAUCCUGAAGGCAGAAGGCCUGAGGGGCAUUUACACCGGGCUAUCAGCCGGCCUGCUGCGCCAGGCCACCUACACCACUACUCGCCUUGGCAUUUAUACCGUGCUGUUUGAGCGCCUGACUGGGGCUGAUGGUACACCCCCUGGCUUUCUGCUGAAGGCUCUGAUUGGCAUGACCGCAGGUGCAACUGGUGCCUUUGUGGGAACACCAGCUGAGGUGGCUCUUAUUCGCAUGACUGCUGAUGGCCGGCUUCCAGUUGACCAGCGCCGUGGCUACAAAAACGUGUUUAAUGCCCUGAUUCGAAUUGCCCGGGAAGAGGGGGUCCCCACACUGUGGCGGGGCUGCAUCCCUACCAUGGCUCGGGCUGUCGUCGUCAAUGCCGCCCAGCUGGCGUCCUAUUCCCAAUCAAAGCAGUUCUUGCUGGACUCAGGCUACUUCUCUGACAACAUCUUCUGCCACUUCUGCGCCAGCAUGAUCAGCGGCCUCGUCACCACUGCUGCCUCCAUGCCCGUGGACAUUGCUAAGACCCGGAUCCAGAACAUGAGAACGAUUGAUGGGAAGCCAGAAUACAAGAAUGGGCUGGAUGUGCUGUUGAAGGUUGUCCGCUACGAGGGCUUCUUCAGCCUAUGGAAGGGCUUCACACCGUACUAUGCCCGCCUGGGUCCCCACACUGUCCUCACCUUCAUCUUCUUGGAGCAGAUGAACAAGGUCUACAAGCGUCUCUUCCUCAGCAGCUGAGGUGGCCUGGAGCCAGUGUGCCAGGGCUGCCAUUCAGCCGCUGCUCCUACGGUCACUGCACCCCGGGGGCCUGGACUCUGCUGCCCUGGGCCCCUCUAUUUAUUUCCCUCCACAGUGUGGUCUCCUCCUUUGCGGUAAAGGACUUUGGUCUGUUCUACCCCCUGUUCCGGCUUGCCCUGCUUGCCUUGAUCCUAUGACCACUCUGUCGCCGGCUGUUCCUUGGGGGAAGCUGGAUAACUCCCUGAGGAUUUCUGGCCUCCUCUUGGGUGUUAGUUUCAGGGCACACAGGACAACAGAAGAUCCCCCUUCUCAGUGGAGAAACCAAGGCAGAGCUGAGGGGAUAGGAGAGAGCAGAAGCUAACAAGAUGGUCAAAGGGUCUGAAGUGGGAGGACAUGGCCCUUCCUCCCCCUCAUUGAGGACUUAAUAAAUUGGAUUGAUGACAC